AGAGUUAGAAGAUGGCAAGAAACGAAUGAAUCGCGUGCUAAUGCAAACGAAGCUAAUCGAACAUCAUUCGCGACGACCGUGUAACUUUCGGUAUUGUCGACGUCCUCGAAAUUUCGGUGGCGAUAUAUUAUUUAACUUGACGAUAAUGUGAGAAGGCAGAGUAAAGCUCAAAGGGGGGUAAGAGUUCGGCGAACGGAACGGCCAAAAACUCUUGCAGGCGAUGUCAAACAUGCGGCGACGAAUUUCGCAGGGAAGUCUACCAAACCGACGACGUAUUUCGGCCAAGAUUUGUCAGUGAAACUAGUGCCAAUGAGUGUGAAUAUAUGGCGGCGCGAGUACUUUUACUGAGCAUCUUGUUUACAGAAGUGCUAAAGCCCGCUUGUGCCGCAGGUGUUAAAGAAAUUGGAACUGGUUUACAUAACAAAAAUGUGUCAAAAUCAGAAGGCUUCAAUAUUAGUCCAACCAAAGGUUCUGGUGUAACAUUAGAAAUUCAACCUAAUGGUCAUGUGAUAUUAGGGAGAAAAGGAAUUACACUUACUUGUAUAACUGGAUCAAAUCAAAAUAUUUCUUGGUUACACAAUGGAGUGCCUGCACCACCAUGUGGCAUUGCACGUUGUACUCUUCUCAAAAAUGGUUCUCUUCACUUACAUAAGAUGGUGCAGAAAUUUAAAGAAAAAAAUACUACUACAGUUAACUUUAAAGAUUAUUACAAAGAUGAGUAUCGUUGUAUAAUGCGUACUAAUUUAGGACUUCUAAGAUCAUCUCCUACGUUUAUUCAUAUAGCAGAACUUGCCCAUAUAUUUAAAGAGUCACCAGAAAAUAUAACUGCACAAGAAGGUGAAGUUGCAAGAUUAUCUUGCUUAAUAGAUAGUGUUCCUUUUCCUCCUAAUAUCACAUGGCAGCGUAAUGAAAAAAUAUUGUUGCCCAACCAGAGUAAUUUAAAUAGUAAGUAUAUAAUGGUACCACCAGGUGUUCUGUAUAUAAAAGCAACGAAAUUAUCAGAUGCUGGUUCAUAUAGAUGCAUAGUAAAUAAUGAAUUCCUAAAAAAAACCAAAAAAAGUAAAGAAGCAAAAUUAACUGUUAUUUCACGAUCAGAGGGUAAUGGAUCACAUACACCACCAUUGUUAUUUCCACAAAUUUUAUACAAUCAUUGGUUGUUCAAUGGAUCAAAUCUUAGUUUAGCAUGUGCUGCAUCUGGAUAUCCACCACCACUUAUGAUGUGGUCAUUUAUUCCUCGCUAUACUGAUAAUCACAAUGCACAACCUCGCAUUUUGCUUAAUUCUAGUAUUGGUAUUAGUAUAUUGUCAUUAGUAAAUGUGAGUGCAUCUGAUGCAGGAGUCUAUGUAUGUUCUAUAAAAAACUUCGUUACAAAUAAUGUGGAGAUUCAAAAUGUAACAGUGGAUAUAUUAAUACCACCAUCAUUUGUAAAGAUACCUACAAAUCAAAUAUGUCCAAAUGGGAGAACUGCAAGAUUUGAAUGUCAAGCACAAGGAUUACCUGUGCCUAAAAUAUAUUGGUUAAAAGAUUCAUUAAAUAUUACAAUUAAUGGACGUAGGACUACAUAUAUAAAAGAAUCUAAUAAAAUGGAACUGGCAAUAUCGGCAACAGUUCCAUCUGAUUCUGGUAUUUAUCAAUGUGUUGCUGUAAAUUCGGCGGGAGAAAUUUGGGCCGCAGGUCGGCUUCAAGUAAAUACAUCUCGUAAUAGUCCUGCUGCACCUACCUCUUUAAAAUGUCGUGCUCUGUCGCCCGUUAAAAUUUUUAUUUCCUGGGAACCACCAAAGUCUCUAUCACAUAGCAGUAUUAAAGCUUAUACCGUCCAUUAUAGUCCCGUAGAAGGAGGUAAAGAAGAAGUUUCUCCACCUGAACCGGGUAAUUCUACAUCAGUAGAAGUGACGAAGCUUCUUGAACCAUAUACUAAUUAUUCCUUCUACAUACGAGUGUGGAACAAUUAUGGUCCGAGUGAUCAAUCAGCCACCAUUUUGUGUUCUACAGCCCCAAGUGUUCCUAAAGGUGCACCAAAAGUAAACUUGAAUAUACUUAGUAGUACAAAGUUAAAUGUAUCAUGGGAGCCAUUAACUAGAAAAGAGUCUCGUGGUGUUGUAGUACAAUAUAAAUUACUGUAUAGACUGCAUGAACAUCCAUCUUCACGGGUUCUUCAUUUACCUGCUGACGUGGAGUCCUAUGUACUUUCUGAUUUAAUACCUGGAGCACAAUAUGAUCUACGAGUACUAGCCAGAACAAAACAAGGUUGGCCUAAUAUGAGCGAAUCACAAUUAGAGUGGACUACUGUAACUAUGCCAUCUGCUGAAUCUAAUCAAUUUGUUAUUAAAAAUAUAGUGGAUGUACAAGUAUUAAUAGUAAAUGCUUCAAUUGUAAAGGUAAAAUGGAAAAUAAAUGUUAAAGAAAAUGACAGAAUCGAAUCGGAAUUUGACUUUUGGCAAAUUUAUUGUGAAAAUCAAAGUGGACAUAAAUUAGUAACUAUUUUUUUACCACAAAAUGUUACUGAAUAUGUAUUUACUAAUCUUGAUGUAAAUGUUUCAUAUACAAUGGGUUUAUGUAUGAUAACUUCUGGUGAAACAACAGGUUGUUUAACGAAACAAAUAGAGACUAUUCAACCUGAUACAAGUAAUGUACCAAUGACCUUGGAAGCAAUUCCUGUUUCACCAACCUCUAUAAAUGUGACAUGGUCUCUGAAUGGUGUACAUGAAGUAAAUUCUUUCGAAUUAUGUUAUCAUGCAAUUCAUGUUGUAAAUUCAGAUAGUCCUAAGUGUUCUAUAUUGAAUGAUACUAAGGCAAAUAUUGACAAACUCAAGCCAUUUACACUAUAUCAGUUUAAAGUAAGGGCCAUUCAAAAUAAUACAAACCAAAGCAAUUUCUACAGUGAGUCUGUAGAAUGUUAUACGAAUGAAGAUAUUCCUGGCAAGGUAGAAGAAGUACAAUGGUUUUUAGUAAAUAAUACAAAAGUACGAAUUGCAUGGAAGGAACCAAGUAAUAUAAAUGGUAUAAUACAAAAUUACUUCGUUAUAUAUACCAUGGACUUAAUGGAUUCAGCUACAACGUGGAAAAAUUUGACGGUACCUGGUAAUAAAACUUCGACAACUUUACCUGGUUUAAUUCCAGGAAAACGAUAUUUUGUUAUGGUACAAGCUAUGACAAAAGCUGGUUAUGGUAAACCGUCAGAUGCUAUAAUCAUUAUUACUGGUGGUAGUUCAACAAAAAUACCAAAUUCACCAGAUGAACAAAAGCCACCGCAAAAUACAAAACCCGAUCAAAGUCUUGGUGUAAUUCUUGGUGUAAGCAUAAGUAUUGGAUUUAUUACAAUCUGCCUAUGCAGUAUAUAUUGUCGAAAAAAAUGUGAAAAUGCUCGUAUUUUGAGAGAUACAGCCCAAUCUACAAAAGGCCGUACGUCGGUACGAAACGGAAAUAGAUGUUGCGUGGAUCAAUCUUCUACAUCAGUGAGUCAACAGUUGAAUACCAGAGUGACGCCUAACGAAAUUGAACUUGCUGUUCUUUGUCCUACAUCUCCAAUCACAACUAAUCCACACUUGGAUACUAAAGGUGGAAAAUCUAAUGGAAUUCUUGAAUCUUGUGUAAAAGAGCCUUUAUUACCAUCAUGGGAAAUAAAUGGUGAACCAAAAGAUAUUCAUAUAACAAAAAAUUCUCAGUACAAAGCAGUGGACAGUGUUGACUUGAGCACACAAAAGCAAGAACAAGGGCCAGAACAAGAUUUAGAUGGAACACAGCUCACAGUGGUCAAUUGUACUUUAGGCAGUAGCAGUAGCAGUUUAAAUAAUAAUUUUGGUUGUCCAGAUGGAGAUACGUCCUUACCAAAAUCGAUGUGUAUAUCUGUUCCGGCACUUGGACCUAAUGGAUGAAAGCAUUAGGCAAUACAAUUGCGUAUUCACAUUUUCCUCCUAUGCUCACAUGCAACAAGUAGGAUGUAAAAGUUUUCAUGCAACUUUAAUCAUUUGAUUGGAAGAUAUGUAUACAUGCAAAUGUAC